UUCCACUUUCUCAUUUUUCCUAUCAUAUCUCUCAAACUUUCUAAAUAGCCACUAAGAUAUUUUAUUUAUAUAUCAUAUGCUCCAUCAUUACUCUUGUGUUCAUUAACAAAACUUCUCUUUCAUUUCUUCCUCCUCUCAUAAAAAAUUCACCUUAGAAAUUGCAUAUUAAUUAAUUAAUUAAAUGUCCAACAUCUUAUUGUUAUUGUUUGAUACUCAUGUAUCCAAUUCUCAGUGAAAUUUUCUUUUCUGGGGGGUGUAUGAUCAAUUCCACUGUUAGGCGCAGGACCCAUUUAGUUCAAUCUUUCUCUGUUGCUUUCCUCUAUUGGCUUUACUACGUUUCAUGAUUGUUAAUCCCUCAUAGUUUAAACCUAUAUCAUCUAUAUCUAUAUCAUAAAAAUAAUCAAAUUUUAUAUUUCUGCAGUAUUAAUUUUUCUGAGUUUGUUAUUUAAUAUUUUCUAUAGUGUCUGGGUCCUGCUAGUGUUUUUAUCUUUGUUGUUAUUAGUAUUAAUUAUUAAGAGGGUCAAGUUAAUUAAUAUCUCAUCAUGGCUUCAUCAAGUGGAACAUCUUCAGGUUCAUCUCUACUACAAAACUCAGGUUCAGAAGAAGAUUUACAGGCUUUGAUGGAUCAAAGAAAGAGGAAGAGGAUGAUAUCGAAUCGCGAAUCGGCAAGGCGGUCUAGGAUGAGGAAACAGAAGCACUUGGAUGAUCUUGUGUCACAAGUUUCUAAGCUAAGGAAAGAGAAUCAAGAAAUACUCACAAGUGUUAACAUCACCACUCAAAAGUAUUUGAGUGUUGAAGCUGAAAAUUCAGUGUUGAGGGCUCAGAUGGGUGAAUUGAGCAACAGGUUGGAAUCUUUGAAUGAAAUUGUUGGUGCCUUGAAUUCAAGCAAUGGAGUUUUUGGAGCAUCAAAUGCUUUUGUUGAGCAAAAUAAUGGUUUCUUCUUCAACUCUUUGAAUAAUAUGUCUUAUAUGAACCAGCCUAUUAUGGCUUCUGCAGAUAUACUGCAGUACUGAGACGGAUCCGGAUUCCCUGCUGUAAAAGAAACAUGCAUUUACAUGCAAUUAACAAUCUCGAUCAUUAAUUUCAGACUAGACAGUUCAGAUUAUACAAUAUCAAAAUUAAUUUUAAAUGUGCUCUGCGAUUAACUUAAAUCAAUUGAACCGUCGAAAUUGAAAACUGUGACACAAUUAUUGCAGGGAAUCUGAUUCCAUAAUGUGAUGAGAUCUCUUGGGAAAGAUAAUUGUUGAUUUCAUUGGUUUGAGUUUGUUGAUGAGAUAUUGUAAUGACUAGUAUCAAAUGGAGAUAAUAAGGAAUAAGUGAAUUGUGUGAAUCAUAAAGUGCAAUGGUUGUUAGUUGAUGGUUCUAUGAAUGGGGUCUGUUUUAGAGACUAGUGUGAAUUGAGGCAUUGGCUAUGGCCAAUAUAUUAUUGUUGUCACCUACCAUUGCUGUAUAUUAUAACAAUAAUAAUAAUAUUGACCUAAUUCUUCAUGUAA